GUGUAUCGUAAGAUUCUCGGCUUUCAAGUAAGACGGGAGGAUCGGCACGUGAACACAUCAUACGUCCCUCAUCCUUGUCUGGGCGCCUCAGGCCACUUCCGCGGACGGAGUCUUCUCUUGCCUCAGGCAGAAAGACCUCCCGCCUUCCGCCUCAGGCACUUAACAUCCCGUGACUAGGCCUCGCUUAAGGGCAUAGGGCUUUUGCACAUGACCGGCCUCGCACAACCUCAUCACGAGUCUUCCGGUGCUUCACGACAACCAAACCCGACAAGCCAAGUACGCGACAACCUUCCCCUUCCCCCUGACUCUUCAUUCUCUGACCCAUAGUUCCAGAGAAAAGCCGUCAAGAUGGUCAAGAAGAGGGCGAACAACGGUCGUAACAAGAACGGCCGCGGCCACACCAAGCCCGUGCGCUGCUCCAACUGCGCUCGCUGCGUCCCCAAGGACAAGGCCAUCAAGAGAUUCACUAUCCGCAACAUGGUUGAGUCCGCUGCCAUCCGUGAUAUCUCUGACGCCUCCGUCUUCACCGACUAUGCCGUCCCCAAGAUGUACCUCAAGCUGCAGUACUGCGUCUCCUGCGCUAUCCACGGCAAGAUUGUUCGUGUCCGUUCCCGGGAAGGUCGUCGCAACCGUGCCCCCCCUCCUCGCAUCAGGUACAACAAGGACGGCAAGAAGCUGAGCCCCCCUCAGGCCGCUAAGGCUAUGUAAGGAAGGGAAACAGAAGAGAAAAAUGGAUUAGUUUAAAAGGCUUGUUUCUUUUCUUGUUUCUUUACU